AUGGCUGAGCCAUUUCCACCAACCAAAUCUCAGGAUGCCCAUGCUAUCCUCCAAUCAGAUUUUAGGAUGCCCAUGCUAUCCACCAAUCAGAUUUCAAGAUGCCCAUGCUAUCCACCAAUCAGAUCUCAGGAUGCCCAUACUACUGUGAGAGGACACGUACAAGGCGAUGUAAUAACGAUACAAGCUCCAAUAGCAAACAAUCUUGAUGAAGGCUAUCAACAUAUGAUGUGUGUUCCCGAUGAAAUGUCCAAGAAUUACGAUGGAAUUAAACCUGCCAAAACUGAGAUGCAAGUGGUUGAGAGAGGUUACUAUGAUGAUGAGCCCGCUACCAAAGUAUUAUUAACUCCUCAUACAGGACGAAGACAUCAACUUCGAGUGCACUGCUCCCAUAUUGGUCAUACCAUUGUUGGUGACUAUACGUACAGUUUACGCAAGGACACCAAACCAUACAGAAUGAUGUUACAUGCAUACAGACUUGUUAUCCCAAUUCCUGAUUGUCAUCUUGAUGUAGUGGCACCAGAUACCUUCUUAACUGAAAUUGAUGUCAAAUGGAAACCAACUGAGAAAAUCUUGUCCAUGACUGCCAUCCAGUGACCAACUGUUAAUUCCUUUUCUGCUUGAAACAUUUGUUCAGUCAACAAUUUUAAAACAUAUAUAUAUAUCUGUAUAUAAUAUAGAUCUUUGGUGCCUGUCACCAUACCGGUAUAUGAAUAUGACCUUUAUCAAUUCAUUUUUGACCCUGUUCAUUACCAAUAUAAUAAUUUAAUGAUCUCACUGCAACCAUCGCCAUUCACUGCCUAUUAAUAUAUUUUGACUAAAUAGCCAACAGGAAAUUUGAAUAUUAUAGUUGUGUUUGGUCUGUAUUUUUAUAGAGAAUUGAAUGUUUAAUGAUGAGUUAUUAUAUUAUAUUGGUUACAAAUACAAUAAAAUUGUUAUAAAGUGAGAUCUUCUUUACCCAGUUUAGAAAUUGUCUGAAAUACAUGAAUGUCCAUGAUUAUUACCGGUAGUAAGCGUCCAUUCAUCCAUAUGUAUCCAGCAUAAUCUCACUAAUGCUUGGACCUAACAAGUUCAAACUUCUCACGUACAUCAGACAUUAUAGAGAGUAUUUUCGCAAGCUAUAAUCAAUUGUUUUUAUUUUCGUAAUAAUGUAAUUUACAUAAAUAUAAAGUAGA